CGACCUCAAACCACCCCCACCCAUCCCUUCUAUCUGGUGGAUAGUAUUUUCGUUAUCUUUCAGAUAAUAUAUGGAGCUAGGCUUAAGCUUAGGUGACAAGUCAUGUAAAAAGUUUCAUGCGAUUACUACCAAAAUCCCAGUUGCAGCCCCUACUUUCCCUUCCGCCGCCGACAAUUGUAGUGUAGGAUUCUGCAUGGCUUUAACGAUCAACGCAAUCUAUGGAACUAAUAAAACACGAGCUAACGAUGAUAGCAACAAAAAAGACGAUCAAACUACUUUCGAAGAUCAAGAGGGUUUGAAAGAAAGCCCAAGAAUCAAAGCAAUAAUUGAUGGUAGAGAAAAAGCCUUGCAAUUGAAUCCUCCUCUUCAGCUUGAUCUUCUUCCUGAUCGUCAUGCUCCAUCAUUACCAUGGUCUUCUGAUAAUGGGAAUUCCCAUGGGGGUUCAUCCGAGAAUCUCCUUGCCGCUACAGGAUUUGAUGUCAAGAGUACCCCACCGGCAACCAUGGGGACAGAAGAGGCAACGUCAUCUCUCCGGCUGGAUUUUUACAGUUCUAGUAGAACUGCAAACGUCUUGAAAAACAAGAGCUUGGAACUGAUAAACGACGUGGUGGAGAUGCAGAGAGGCCCUUCUAGAGCUAGCGAUGAAGAUCAUAAUGGGAUUUACAGAAAAAAAUUGAGACUUACGAAACAACAAUCUGCAUAUUUGGAAGAAAGCUUUAAAGACCAUUCUAUUCUAAAUCAUAGACAGAAGCUUGAUCUAGCAAUACAACUUAAUCUCAGCCCACGACAAGUCGAAGUCUGGUUUCAAAACAGAAGAGCAAGGACGAAACUGAAGCAAACAGAAAUGGAUUAUGAAUACUUAAAAAACUGUUGUGAGACAUUAACGCGAGAAAACAGAAGAUUACACAAAGAACUUAAAGAAUUGAGGGCGUUAAAGACCAUUUCAAAUCCGUUCAAUCUGCAACUGCCACCUACCACCCUCGCCAUGUGUUCUUCUUGUGAGCUUGUGGCUGCGACCACAUACACCAUCACCCCAGCUCCUCCAAGUACUAAGUUCCUCAACACCCCACUGUCAGACGACUGCAGUCACUAGCCUGAAUCAGUUUGUGGAAUGAAGACAAGCACUAAACAAGAUGAAAACAUCGACUAGCAGUGGGAAAACAAAAAGGUAACCUACAUGAUAAAGGGAAGCACAACACCAAUCUAGCCAACUAACCCGCGACAAACCCUUUUGUAAUGGGUAUUGCCAAAAGAACCCCAUGAAUGUACGGAGGUCAACCACACAUAGGAGGUUCACUUUGUAUACUAAGGUUAUCUUCAAUGCAAUAGAUUGAUAC